AUGGAAAAUCAAAAGGUACAGAAAACACACUGUGAUGUUAAGACAGAUCUGAAUUUACUUCUUGAAUGUCUUAAAUACCAGAUGGACUGUCCUAUGUCUCAGAAAGAGGCUUUGAUAACCAUUUACUCAAUCUGUCAACAAAACAGUGAAGCAAGUGAAUAUUUGCGAGAAAUUGGUGGUUUGAUGUUUAUAAAUGACCUUGCAAAGUCAAGUAUUCAUUGCGUAGUGAAGGAAGCAGCUUUAUUUACACUAGGAAUCAUAAUAGAAAGUAAUGUUUAUUGCCAACAAACUCUGUGUACACCUGCAUUAUUUGAAGAUCUUAUUUCAUUUUUAAUGAAUAAAGAUUCUGGUGUGAACUUGAAAAGGAUGUCUGUUUAUGUCAUCUUAGUACUGGUUUCAAAUAACAAAAACGGGCAAACAUAUGUCAGAGAAACGGGUUGCAUUGGUCUUCUUCUACAGCUAUUCAGGACAGCUCUUUCCAUAUCUGAGAUUAAUCUGUCAGAUGAAAAUAUUAAUCAGUGCUAUCAGCUGUGGUCUUCAGUCUGCAGUACUCUUUGUGCCUGUGUUAAUAAUCCUCAAAAUGAAGAUAAUCAAAAUAUUUGCUGUUCAGUCUUUUCAUACGCAAAAGAAUGGCUAGAAAGCUCCAUAGAGCCUGAGAUAGUUCGUCCUAUCUGUUCAUUUGUUGGACUCACAGUUGCAAAUAACUCAUAUGUACAGAAAUAUUUUGCUUCUGUUAGAGGAUUGGAUACAUUAGCUAAAGUGCUCACAAAGCUGCUGCGUGAUUCAUAUGGGAGCCACUCGAGUACAAAACUUGCAGUAGUAGUAACAAAGACUCUGGAUGCCUGCAUUGCUAAUGACUCUAAUAUGGGGGUUGUCUUGGCGAAGCAUCACACUGUGUCAGAGCUACUAAAGCUGCUGCCUAAUGACACUCUGGAUACAGGAGAAAAAAUUAGUAUUAUUCUAACAAUUGGACACUGCACCGAAGUUUGUGAAGAAAACCAAUAUGAACUGCUUAAGAACAAUGGUCUUCCACUUAUGAUUCAAGUGUUAUCUGAGUCUCAGGAUGAGGAAUUAAACAAAGCUGCUACUUUUGUGCUGCAAAACUGCAAGCAGAUGACUGAACAGUUGUCCCUGAAAAUAAAUGAGAAUUCAUUAAACGUGAACAGUGCAGAAGAGUUGGAAGCCAAUCUACAAAGGAGAGAAAGAACUCUACAAGACUACUGGAAGAAAGCAAAAGAAAUUUUACACAGAAUAAACUUGAUUGAGAAAGAACAUGCUGAGGAAAGAGUACAAAGAAAAAUAUUUGUUGACACAUCUUCAGAAGUCAGUACUGAGGCAUCAAAAUACCAUGAAAUGAAUACUAAUGACCCCAAAAAUCAGACGGAAGGAACAUACAGAGUGCACUGUCCACAGUUAAUUUGUAAGUCAAAUGACUGGGUUCUUGCUCCAUCUGCAAAUCCUCAACCAUUGCAGAAUGAAAUUCUGAGGACUAUAAAUCCAGUAAAUGCUUCUACUGGGCACAGUGAACAGGAUAAUGUUCCAUGUUCAGCUGAACUGCAAACAGACAGUGUGCUUCGAAGUCACAGUAUAAAUGAAAAAAAUACUUGUGGAAAAAAACAAUUAGUUCAAGUAAGUGAACAGUUGUUUAAACGACCAGCGAAGAUUGUUAAAAAUCUGAAGCAGGCAUGCACAUCAGAUCAACAUUCAUCCUAUGCAGACAUAGCUAAGGGAAAAAAACAUAUUUUGAUUACAUCUUCAUCCCCUAGAACAGCGGAUUUAAGGUGUUUAGGAUGUACAGCACAAGGCCAGUCCUUCAAUAGCAAAACCUUUAGCAAGAUGUUGCAAACUUGUCCAUACCUGUGUGAUUGUCACAAAGUCAUUCUGGAAGCUGAAAAAAGAUAUAAAAAGGAACUUAGGAAGUUGACUGUUUGUAACAACAGUAGUGAUGCAGCUUAUGAGAGUAUACUUUUGACUCCAAUUAGAAAAAACAAAACUGAUGCUUCAAACAGAGAUGAACACAGUAAUAAUACAUGGAUGACUGAAAAGUAUAAUUUGAUACCUACAUAUGAAAGAUCCCUCCAAAAAAACCAAAAUGCUAACUUGAAGAGACAAAGUCAAAUGUGUAACCAACUAUCAUCUUGUAUAUAUUCACUUGACAAAGAUGAGAGCGGCUCGUUUGCGCUGCGUCACGGCGCGCGCUCCGGCGGGGCGCUACAGCGUAACCGUUAA